GCUAAAAGAGGACACAUGUUUUGUUUGAUGUACCUGACAAUUUGGAAAAAGUCCACAGUCCAUUAAGAUUACAGCAGAGCAUAUUAAGCAGCUCAGACGACCCAGAACGGGAGCAUCCAGGUGAUCCACACAUAGCUGACACUUGCCAGACCACAAGAUGGAGAAACUUCUACUUUUGACGGUCCUGCUGUCAACAUGUUUCGCAGAACCCAUCGAUCUGAUGGGUAAAGUGUUCGUCUUCUCCAAGGAGAGCAACGUUGAUCGUGUCAGCCUCCUCACAAAUCAUAACGAGUUCAACGCGGUGACCGUCUGUCUCAGGUUCCUCACAGAUCUCAAAAGGAACUACGCCCUGUUCUCUUUGUCUACAGCAUCGCACUACAAUGACUUAGUGCUCUUUAAGAUCAAUUCAGAGGACGUGAUGAGGCUGCACGCUGCGGACGGCGGCACAGACUUUCUGUCGCUGUCAUUUCCUCCAAACACGUGGCACUCCAUGUGUGCUACCUGGCGCUCUGAUAAUGGCUUGGCUCAGCUGUGGGUGGACGGCGUGCCAACCAUCAAGAGAUUCAUCAAAUCUGGACAGCCCAUCAGAGGAAAGCCCAUCACCUUCCUGGGUCAAGAACAAGACAGCUAUGGUGGGGGCUUUGACGCAGAUCAGUCGUUUAUUGGUAUGAUUGGUAAAGUCCACAUGUGGAACUAUGUCAUCCCUGACUCUGAGAUAAAACGCUAUAUGAAAGACAGAUGCUUCACCCCAGGCAAUGUGUUCAACUGGAGGUCCCUGGAUUAUGUAAUCGCAGGGCAGGUUUAUGUGGAAGAUGACCCCCAUAGUGUGUAACAUGGUGUAAAAUAGUGAAUGAAUCGCUAGUCAGCACAUUUGUUGCAACAUCCACGAUCAUGUGAAUAAUUUGAUCUGUAGAGAUUAUUAAAAUCUUUCUGGUUA